UUUUCGCGACUGCUCUUCGUAGGUAUGAGGAUGCUAUUGCUCCUCUCUGGAUCUGACCCACGCGUGUGAUGCUGAUGCUGGUCUCAAUGGGUUGCGGUGGAAGCAGGUCUGCCGCCAUCGAGCCCCGGUAUCACGAGAGCAGAGACACCGAGUCGACGUGGCUCACGGACACGGAGAUGACACAGCUGGCCGGUACCGCUCACAAUCCGACUGGUGGAACCGACAUCGGGAACACAGCACCCACCGGCUCAGGUAAAAGAGAAGAUGACGGCUCAUGUGUGAAGGAGAGAAAGCUGGUGAACGCUGGGACACAAUGCUGCAGAUCCUCCACACACACAAACAUCAACCAGAGAGCACAGAGAACACAGGUGAGAAAUAAAGCAAAGAAAAUCUCCCAGAGUCCCGUCUCGCUGUGAGCAGAAGACUUUUCUCUUUAAAAUCAGUCUCACCGUCUGCAUGUAACACGUCAAGAACACACGUCCACCCUGCCACAUGCUGCAUCAGCUCAUUAAAUUCAGCUCAAGUCUUUAUAUUGCUGCCUUCAUGUUUCUUCUGACAGUAAUGUCGAGUGUGUUUCAGUAUUUUGUGUGUUUCUAGUGCCUAUGAUCAUCUGUUUGAUGAUGCAGGUAUAUAAACGUCUCAGGUCGUGACUCGUGAUUUGUCAAAAUGAAGAAAAAAACGAAUGCACUGAUUAAUAUUUAACUAAUCAAUUUUUCGCUUAAUAGGACUAGAUCAAAAAUGUAUCAGCUGAAUAUUAGUCAAAUGUA